UCCCUGUGAAGUAAUGGUACAUGCCAAAUUUACCCAUCAACCUCUACGGCGAAGUGGCGGUAAGAUGUUUUUGAAACCGAGACGUCCAGCUGGGGUAUCGGAAUUCUCAUGAAACUGCUCCAGAUAACGUUGUUCUUCGACUUAUUUUUACCGCUUAACAAUUCAGAUGGCCUCCUGAAACGAUAUCUACUAUGUCCUUGAGGAAGCUGAGACGACUGGGGCUUGAGCCUGAGCUGGUUGAUCGUCUUGAAAGGCAUAAAAAGUUAUCAUCUUGUCAGGAUAUUCUUGUGAAGAUCCAUCUGGAACUGCUGCACCUCACCAACCUGACCCACUCAGAUGUGCAGAAAAUUGUGAUGACUGCAAGCAGAGCAUGUGCACCGACAACUACAACAGCUCUCCAGAUGAAAGAAGCAGGAGUCAGCAGUGGCAGCGCUUCCUUCUUCUCCACAUCCUUAUCUGGGCUGGACCAGGCUCUACAUGGGGGUAUCCCAGCAGGCAGUGUUACUGAGAUAGCUGGCCCAGCCGGCUGCGGCAAGACCCAGUUCUGUGUCAUGCUGUCAGUGCUGGCGACCCUGCCUUGUGAGAUGGGAGGGCUAGGGGGCGCUGUUGUCUACAUCGACACCGAGUCUGCAUUUAGUGCAGAGAGACUUGUAGAAGUUGCUCAGUUCAGGUGUCCACAGCACUUCAGCAGUGAUGAUGCCUUCUACAAGCUGACAUCGCAGGUCUUUGUACAUAAGACUCCAACCUGCACUGACCUGUGGAACAGACUGCAGUCUUUAGAGGAGGAGCUCAUACAGAAGCGAGUUCGCCUGGUGAUCCUGGACUCAGUAGCCUCUGUGGUGAGGAAGGAGUUUGACAACAGCCUGAGAGGGAACCUGUCCCAGAGGGUCAAGUUGUUAGCCAAGGAGGCCGCUCUCCUCAAGUACCUGGCAGAGUCCUUGAACAUCCCGGUUGUUGUGACCAAUCAAAUCACCACUCGAUUCAAGGCAUCCUGGGAAGGUCCACACUAUGAUGUGCCGUCUGGUGACGUAGCUGAUGGAAAUGGUGCCGGUGCAUCUGCAGCUGUGGAUGGUGGCUAUGUGACGGCUGCGCUGGGGAACACCUGGAGUCACAGCGUGAACACCCGCCUCAUCGUGCAGUACCUGGAUGACAAGCACAGGGAGGUGAUGGUUGCUAAGUCCCCAAUUGCACCUUUCUCAAGUUUUGUGUACACCAUACAAAGCAGUGGCAUUGUUUUACAAGAUGAUGAGACAAUUCAUAAGUCAAGUGAGAGGGUAGCCACAGACCCCGGCCUCAUCCCCAUCAAAGUGCGGACCAUGUUGGGACAGGGAGGAGGUUUGGUUGUGCCAUGAUCAUGCCAUGCCAUGAGGGAGGAACAACAGGGACUGUGUACCCUAAUACCCCCCCUUCCUGCAACAUGAGUCCCUGUAACUGGAUGCUGCCAUCAGAAAGCCAUCUCCAGUCCAAGCACCAACACUGGCAACAGCAACAGCAGAGAGGUGUUGUAGGCCUAACAGUAACGGGCAGAAGUGCCUCAGUUCUCUGGAUGCCAUCACAUGUGCUGUUUGGGCGCAGAGCAUCGGGAGGCUGACAGCACAGAUACUGUUUUUGCCUCUCUGAUCUCAAGAGACAGAUGACCCAACUCUCAUCUUGAAUUCGUGAUUUAAAAAUGUACCUCAACUAUUUUUAACAUGUUUGUUAGCCCGGUUGUUUUUUUGAGUCAGUUUCACCCCAUUUGACCUAUAUAAGUGACAACGAAGCGUCUGUUUGACUAGCGCAGGGUGUGGUAAGUUCCUAACUGAAAUGGCUGCUACCAUGGUUACCUUAUCCAAGGACUUGCACCCUGUGGUCAGUUUAUCUGUUCAGUGUGGGACCAAAUACUGAAAAAUAUUAUGUAUAAAAGAGUUGUAUAUAUUUGUUUUAAGUACCUCAAUAAAACACAUAUGAAGUGCU